AUGCUGGAGGCAGUGGAGAGGUCGGUCAAUGGAGGGUAUGGGGAGGUGCAGAGCUGCGGGGAGAUCAGCGAGGAGGAGCUCGCGGUGCUCCCGAGGCACACCAGGGUUGUCGUCACCGGCAACAACCGGACCAAGUCUGUGCUGGUGGGACUGCAGGGUGUCGUCAAGAAAGCCGUUGGGCUCGGAGGCUGGCAUUGGCUGGUAAUUCUGUCCGGUGACUGCGAUCUUAAUUAGAAAAGUUUUCUCCCUGGUCUGUUCAUUGUAUGCUUUGGCUGGAAAUAUAUCUUUCGCUUAUCUUCCGGAAGAUUAUCCUUUUUUUCUCUUCUUUUUUGCAUGUUUGUAUGGUCUCUAAUUUCUUUUUUACAUGCAGAUAUUCUUUCCUGUGAUGGUACCGAUUUCAUGGUUGAUCUUAUUUAUUUUUGUUCGAUCCUAAUUGUACUCUGCCAGUCGCGACCACUGUUCAAAAAACGCCCAUUUUCUUGUUAAAUUGGGAUAAAAUUUUUCAUCCAUUCUCUUUGAACAAUUAUGCCGUGUUAUUACCUUUGCAUGUCGGCAUUCUUUAGCGUGCGAUAACUCGUUUACUCCUUCCGUAUGAUCUUGCCGACAGAUUAUCGAAUUGGCUCACUAGGUUCCAAUUAUGGAGUUGUACAAGAAUCCAGUCGUCUUGUCUGUCCUGUAGCACCUCUUCAUUCUAGGGUUCCGUCAGGCUAUUUUUAGCCAGUAAUUUGAUGACCCAAUAAUUUUUGCGCAAUUCGGGGUAAAAUGGCGUCGUCAAAAUUGUACUUAUUCUGUAUUUUCAUGCGUUGCUAAUAUUUAGUUUUUUUCAUCCUCUUUCAAAUUUUCAAGCUGAGCUUUUUAGAGUAAAAAUAUAAUUUGACAUAUCUUCCAUGGCUGCUGAUAUGUUAUUGAUCCUGGGUAUGGAAUUGAUUUUUUUAUUGUUGUUUCUUUAUUUAAUUGUCUUCAGUUGAUUUUUGUGUUGGUUCUGCGGCAAAUAUUUCUUGGAUACUUGUUUCUUCACUAUUUCUGAAUGGGCAGUGAUUCCUUGUCUUAUGUUUGUUUUGCUUUUGAAUUCAUUCGCGUACAAUAUGUAGUCACCAUUAAACCUGCAAUCUGGGGUCUUCUGUUCUCCGUUGUUAAGGCGUCGUUUUAUAUUAUUAUUAUUAUUUCCGUGCUGAAUUUUUUGUAUACUCAUGUUCCUGAUCGAGUAUUCGAUGUCAUUUGCUUGUUGCGAUCCAUUUGAAAGCUGAGAUCUAUUUUUUAUUUUUCCCACAAGGAUCUUCAUAAGAAGUUGAAGCAUGUCAUUUAAGAAAGGCUGCUGUGGUUUCAGCUGAUGUGCCCGGAACAAUUCUGCCGAAUAAGAUUCAUGCAUCAGGAAUCAUGGAUUUUCCACGACCGCUAGGACAUUUUUCUCCGUUGACUCAAGUCGUAUUUUGAUUAUUUGUGUGUGGUCCUCUGCUGAACCAGGCUUUCCUGUCCCAGAAUAAGAGAUAAGGAAUAGUUUUCUUACGGAAUUAGUGUUUGUUGUUUUUGCAUUAGAUUAUUUUUUCUAUAAUAUUUUCUUAUCCGAACAGACCAAUGUGAUCUUUCACUAACCAUGAUGUACAAUGCCUUUAGACUACCCCACAUUUAGUAAAAAAAAAUUCUUGCAGUGCCCUCUUACUAAAGGGUUGUGUACAUCUCUUUCUCUAACGCAUGGGUUAUGGGAAAUAUUAAGUAUUAAGACACUAAAUUUGGAUUCAAGCUGAUGCGAAUGGAUUUUUUAUUUUAUGCCCAACGGACGUUCAUACCCUUGUUUCAUGUUUUCAUUUUGGAAUUAGAUGGGUCUCUGAAACAUUUUGCUCGCUCUUAUUCCCUGUCGAGGAAUAUUGUAUUGUGACAUUCAUGGAGGAUGCGCAUGAAUUACAGGUUUUGGCUAAUGGCAUUGAGGUGAAGCUACAGAGGAAUGCUCUCAGCGUGAUUGAAACUCCUGCUGUUCAUGAGGAAGAUGUUGAUAAUGCCUCUUACACAGGUGCGUCUUGGCCGAUCAUUCUGCGAAUCCUAAUAUGUGACGUCACAGACCUUGAACGUCAGAUCUCUCAUGAAUCUUAUGAUUUCUGUUGAGUUCUAUAAUGCUCAUAUGUCCACGGAAACAUCUGCUUACCUAAUUUAUAAUGGGACCUACACGUGGGGUAUAUCUCUGAACCUGGGAAUGUCUGAGCUUGAUAGUUCCAUGGAUACUUCCAAUUAAAAAUAGAAAUAAAAAGAUCUGAUACUGGCUUAGGACGGGGGGCAAGUGUCAGGAACAGCCAUGGGGGCAAUAUAUAUAUUGAUCUUUGGAUUCAAUCAAGAACUGAUAUUUUGCGGCGUUCCUUCCGGUCAUCGUUGAUCUUGGCGGUUCUUUUACCAUUUUUAGUUUGUGCAGCAUCAGAUGAUGUGCAGAAGCCUCAGCGCUCCAGACAGUCGUAUAGAACAACUGCCCUAGCAGACAGAAUACCGAAUCGGACUCAUUCCUGUGAUUCACAUCCCAAGGGAUCCUUCAAGCCCACCAGAUGUGCCUCGGUGAGCAGAUAAAUCUCUCUCUCUCUCUCUCUCUCUCUCUCUCUCUCUUUCUCUCUCUAUUUCUCUCUUAAGAUAUAUACAUGUAUAGAGAAAGGGUUUUUUUUGAAUUUAUUGAGAUCAUGCCAUACCCAUCUCCUUGCUGUUGCAUAUUAUCCAAAAACUGGGCCGCAUUUCAUCCCCGUUCCUCCUGUGCUUGCUGCAGAAGGUCGACCUCAGCAAGCUGGAAACAACAGCGUUGUGGAGAUACUCGAGGCACUUCAACCUAGUGAGCCCUCCCAGACCAAUCUCAUCUCCGCAUCCCCCGUGGACAAUCUAACCCAAUUCCCCCUCUCUCUCUCUCUCUCUCUCUCUCUCUCUCUCUUCACUGGGCAGGUGGGUUCCAGCCUAACCCCUUCAAAAGAGCAGCUGAUCGACGUGGUACAGAGGCACUUCAUGUCGCAGGUACAAGAGAAUCAUCAGAACUGUCCCAACCUUGGAAUCUUUUGCAGAUAUCUUGACGGAUCCCUUCGUCGUCCACCUGCUCUCCUCCCGUGAAGCAAUUGGACGAGCUGCAGGUGAUAGCGGGCUUCGUCCAGUCCGCGAAGAGGUUGAAGACUCUCUGCCGCUGA